GCCGCGGCCGGCGGGGAGGCGGCGCCCGGCGGGGCUGCCCCAUGGUCUUGAGGGGACCGUGGGGGAGCUGCGGGGGCCCCGGCGCGGCGCUCGCUCUCCUGCGCGCCCUCCGCUCUAGGAUGUUGCGGCAGGUCUUGCACAGGGGGCUGGGGACGUCCUUCUCCCGGCUCGGCCACUUCGUUGCCAGCCACCCGGUGUUCUUCGCCUCGGCACCCGUGCUCAUCUCCAUCCUGCUGGGCGCCAGCUUCAGCCGCUACCAGGUGGAAGAGAGCGUGGAGCACCUCCUGGCCCCCACGCACAGCUUGGCCAAGAUCGAGAGGAACCUGGUGGACAGCCUCUUCCCGGUGAACCGCUCCAAGCACCGGCUCUACUCCGACCUGCAGACGCCUGGGAGAUACGGCCGGGUGAUCAUCACCUCCUUCCGCAAGGCCAACAUGCUGGACCAGCACCACACCGAUCUCAUCCUCAAGUUGCACUCUGCAGUGACCAGGAUCCAAGUUCAAAGACCUGGUUUCAAUUACACGUUUGCCCAUAUAUGUAUCCUGAACAAUGACAAGACAUGCAUAGUGGACGACAUAGUGCAUGUACUGGAGGAAUUAAAGGCUGCUCGUUCUUCUAAUCGAACUAAUUUUGCAAUCACUUAUCCGAUUACUCACUUAAAGGAUGGCAGGGAAGUGUAUAAUGGGCAUCAGCUCGGUGGGGUUACUGUGCACAGCAAGGACCGGGUGAAGUCUGCAGAAGCCAUUCAGCUCACCUACUACUUGCAGGCAAUCAACUCCUUGAAUGACAUGGUGGCAGAGAAGUGGGAAUCCAUUUUUUGUGACACUGUUGAACUUUUCCAGAAAUCCAACAGGAAAGUCAAAAUGUAUCCUUUCACUUCCUCUUCGCUGAAGGAGGAUUUCCAGAAGACGAGCAGGGUGUCAGAACGCUACCUGAUCACAAGCUUGGUCCUUGUGGUCACCUUGGCCAUUCUCUGCUGCUCCAUGCAGGAUUGUGUCCGCAGCAAACCCUGGCUUGGCCUGCUGGGAUUGCUGACAGUGACCCUUGCCACCCUGACUGCUGCUGGGAUCAUCAAUCUCACUGGUGGGAAAUACAAUUCCACCUUCCUGGGAAUCCCCUUCGUCAUGUUAGGUCAUGGGUUGUAUGGGACUUUUGAAAUGUUGUCCUCCUGGAGAAAAACUAGAGAAGACCAACAUGUUAAAGACAGAACUGCAGCUGUAUUUGCAGACUCCAUGCUCUCGUUUUCUCUCACCACUGCCAUGUACCUGGUCACUUUUGGAAUAGGUGCCAGUCCCUUCACUAACAUUGAAGCAGCCAGGAUUUUCUGCUGCAAUUCCUGUAUUGCAAUUUUCUUCAACUACCUCUAUGUACUCUCCUUUUAUGGUUCCAGCCUGGUGUUUACUGGCUACAUAGAAAACAACUACCAGCAUAGUAUCUUCUGCAGAAAGGUACCAAAGCCAGAGGUAUUGCAAGAGAAGCCUGCAUGGUAUAGGUUUCUUCUGACAGCCAGAUUCAGUGAGGACACAGAUGAUUCAGAGGAAACGAACACUUACGAGAGUCAUCUUUUGGUGUGGUUCCUGAAACGCUAUUAUUGUGACUGGAUAACAAACACUUAUGUCAAGCCUUUUGUAGUUCUCUUUUACCUUGUUUAUAUUUCCUUUGCCUUAAUGGGCUACCUGCAGGUCAGUGAGGGGUCAGACCUGAGCAACAUCGUAGCGACUGCGACUCGGACCAUCGAGUACACAACUGCCCAGCAGAAGUAUUUCAGCAACUACAGCCCGGUCAUUGGGUUCUACAUCUAUGAGUCAAUCGAGUACUGGAACACCAGUGUCCAGGAGGACGUGUUGGAGUACACCAAGGGCUUUGUGAGGAUAUCUUGGUUCGAAAGCUACUUAAAUUACCUUAGGAAACUCAACAUAUCUACUGGAUUGCCGAAGAAGAAUUUCACUGAUAUGUUGAGGAACUCCUUCCUGAAGACCCCUCAGUUUGCCCAUUUUUCAGAGGAUAUCAUAUUUUCCAAGAAAUACAACAAUGAAGUUGAUGUUGUGGCCUCCAGGAUGUUCUUGGUGGCCAAGACAAUGGAAACCAAGAGGGAAGAACUUUAUGACCUCCUGGAGACCCUGAGGAAGCUCUCUCUCACCUCCAAGGUGAAAUUCAUAGUUUUCAAUCCAUCAUUUGUGUACAUGGAUCGUUAUGCCUCUUCAGUGGGAGCCCCCUUACAAAACUCCUGCAUUAGUGCUUUAUUUCUGCUCUUCUUCUCUGCAUUCCUGGUGGCAGACUCUCUGAUCAAUGUCUGGCUCACUCUAACUGUUGCCUCGGUUGAAUUCGGAGUUAUAGGUUUUAUGACCUUGUGGAAAGUGGAACUAGAUUGUAUUUCUGUGUUGUGCUUAAUUUACGGAAUUAAUUAUACAAUUGACAACUGUGCUCCACUGUUAUCAACCUUUGUCCUGGGCAAAGAGUUCACAAGAACUAAAUGGGUGAAAAAUGCCCUGGAAGUGCAUGGGGUAGCUAUUUUGCAGAGCUACCUCUGCUAUAUUGUUGGUCUGAUUCCUCUUGCAGCUGUGCCUUCAAAUCUGACCCGUACACUGUUCAGGUGCUUGUUUUUAAUAGCAUUAGUCACCUUCUUUCACUGCUUUGCCAUUUUACCUGUGAUACUGACUUUCCUGCCACCUUCCAAGAAGAAGAGGAAAGAGAAGAAGAAUCCUGAAAACCGUGAGGAAAUAGAGUGUGUUGAAAUGGUGGAUAUGGAUAGCACCCGAGUGGUUGACCAAAUUACAACAGUCUAACUUGAUUUGUUGGUUGCUUUUUUACACUAGGUCUUACUGAGGAAAAAAAAAAAGAAACCAGUACUGACUAAAUGUGUGGGUACAGAAAGAUUGGAGGUUUUCCCCUCCUUCUUUUAAGCUAAAUCCAGGAAUAUUCAAAAUUAUGGGAGAAAUUAAAAAUAAAUUUAAAAAAAUAAAUAAAAAGAGCCGGGGUAUUGUACCUUGCUCAGUUCCUAUAACAGGUUAUAUGGGAGAAUUUGCACACCCAUGCAAAGAAAGGUUAAAUUUUAGAUGCAUGAAGUAAGAUCUAAUGGAAGAAGUUGGGUUCUUAAGCAGUCAUCUGCAUCGCCUGUACUGCAGAUGCUGCAAUUAUUGUGGCUAAACCAAAUCAUGUUGAAAGGUCAACUGUCAAGGCUGAAGUAGCACUAAAUGUUUGCUGGAUGUAAAGGCUUUACAAACUUUCUGCACAGCAAUAACUCAAGUCAGUGAGUCAGCUCUUAUAAGUCUUUGCCAUCACAUUUAAUAUUUCUUUUCUCCCCUAAUCUAAACAUUUAUGCAAGACUAUAUAAAAGAUAGCAAACUGUACUGGGAAAGAAGGCAGUACACAGCAA